GUCGAGGAUUGCUCGGAACCGCGUGACACGUUUUCCAUUCACAGCUGUUUAUUAAUACGAGGGAUAUACGUCUCAGGAUUAACCGCUCGUUUCCGCCCGCAUUAGGGCUUCAAUCGUUUCACAAUGCGCGGGACUAAUUCGGAGUGACAUUGAAACUCAAAGCCAAUUAUUUCGACUCUCUUGUCGAGGAAUAGUGGAGAAAAAACAUUGGUAUUGAAAAGUUUCAAUUUCAUUUAAAAGGAAAUACAAAGCACUUGAUAAAAAGGAGAGAAGCCGCUCGGGGGUUUUAUCUCCAGUAAAUCACUCUUCUCGUUGUUCAGUGAACUCAAAGGUUGGUGCGGAAUUGAGAGUGAUAUUGUGUGGGUUAAAACGCCGGCCUCUGGACCACUUAUCAAACGAAAUGAGAUAGACGACGGUGCGUGAUAUAAAAGAUAAAUUAGUCAAGAGUCAAGAAUUGAAAAUUGUUUUUUUUUUAAGGUCUCUAAUUAUGUUGAGUGUUGACGUGAUUAUCAACGGAUGUGCCAUGCCACUGGGAUACGUUUUGAAUAGUCGGCAAUUGUGAAUAUUUUUUUUAUUUUUUUUAUUAUUAUCAUUAUUUUUUUUUGUUGGGGGGAGGGGGAGAAAGGUCUGGUUGUUUGAUUGAAAUAAUCACUGUGAAUCAGUGAGUGAGAGGGACCACGAGGUAACAAUAGAAGCGUGCAAGUUCGUAGUGAUGCCGUGAUGGGGCGCGGCUCGAGCUCCUUCUUCAUAACCACAACCCUCGUGGGCGCACUUGUCUCAAACAUCCUGAUACUUGAGACGUGCGGGGCUAAUCGCGUACGACAAUAUGGCUCAACAGACUCACCAAAAGGAGGUGGAACCAUCAAUGAGGCCGGAGUUUUUGCCCUGCGUGGUAGACAAGAGGGCAGUAGAAGAUCUAGAAGAACCACCACUAGCACACAGAGAACGACCGCCUUAGCCGUUGCCCCAACGACACAGACCUCAACAUCCGAGGAUGUUGCUCAACCCGCUGCACUUCUAGCGCCAGAUGAUCAAACAUGGUUUGUCGCUUCUACUCCAACACCCGACCACUUUCCAUUAUCAAUAGCCACUUCGAGACUACCACCACUUGAGAUUGUUGUCAAACCAGCGGACAAAGUCAUCUUGCCCUGUGAACUGGGGGGAAACUAUUCCACAUUGCUGCCAAUCACAAGCAGGAGUUAUCGGGCCAGACCUGCCAAGUGGCUGCACAAUGACAAGCCAGUUGACAUGAUAACAAUAAAUACGGAGAAAGAGAUAAGUGGAACGGGUCACAGGUAUAUCGGAGACUCAAUCUCAGCAUCACUACAUAUUGAUAGUGCUAGACUCGAGGAUGAUGGUCUGUGGAAAUGUAUCAUAGAGACUGAUCGGGGUGAACUGCUUGCUGGGAGACUGGUCAAACUUGUCAUUCUGGAGGCGCCACGGGGGACUUAUCUGCUGAUAGAUGGCAGACGCUUGGACCCAGGAAAUCAGUUUGUACCGGUGAAGGAGGGCUCAGAUCUGACACUGGAAUGUGCUGCUGAGGGUGGCAAUCCACCUUCAAUCUUGUCCUGGGGUAUGACACUCUCUCAAACAACUCUUGAUGGCCCUGAACAGCCACCGGACAAUCUCACUGUUGUACCGUCUGCACGAGGCGGCCACAGUGGUGCACAUCUCAAGGUGCUGAGGGGACAUCACAAUGCAACGAUUAUAUGUACGGCACGCCAUGUCACAUUGACAAUGCCAUUGAAUGCAAGCAUACUCCUUGAUGUUCAGUAUACUCCGUCAUUCGCAAUAACGCGCUUACCCGGCUUUGGAAUACCCAUCGUCGAGGGGAUAUCCGUUAGUCUGAAAUGCGAAGUAGACAGCAAUCCGUCAAGUUUACCAGUGUGGCAACGUGAUAAUGGGCCACCACCAGUGGAGCAGAGUGACGAUGGCUGGCUAAACUUCACGAAAAUCAGUAGAAAUGACAGUGGCUGGUACAAGUGCUACACGAGACACAUUUCAGGGGUUUUCUCCAGCAUCGGAUACUUCCUCCAUGCGCGAUUAAAUCCGGAUUCGGAGCUGGAGGCGGAGGCGCUAAAUGGCGAGGCGACAGACUCGAGAAAAGUGGAAGUACAAAUUGGUGGUGCUGUUACGCUUGAGUGUGAUGGUGGAUGUUGGGGACAUGGGUCAGGUAUGGAGCCUGCUGGGGGGCCUGGUGCAUUGGUUUUGGGGAGAGUUGUGUAUCAAGACGCUGGGGAGUAUCGAUGUGUGGCACCAGAUAGAAAAUUACAGGAUACGUGGAGGGCACAGCUGCCUUAUCACAUCAAAGUGACAGGAAGACCGAUGGUUCAUCCAGAGUCCCAAACCGUAACAGUUGCUGAGGGUGAGACCUUGAAACUUGCCGUUGAGUUUUGCGUAGAGUCCUCCUACACCAAACUUCUCUGGCUGUCUUCCGAGAGUGUCUACACACCUGGAGGCCAUAUACGAAAAGGUGUUCGUGUCUUAGAAGUCGAGCAUGGUGGUACUGUAGCUUCAUGCUUCAGGACAAGCCUGCAGAUCGAAGCCGUCCAGUUGUCCCACGCGGGUGAGUGGCUAAUGAUCGUACGAUCACCCUCCGGUACCGCAGAUGCAUCCAUAUCGGUAAACGUGACACAAGCAUCAAGCUUCAGCAAUGGCCACAGCCGUGUCCACACUAGUCCAAUUGUUCUCUUCUGUCUCACUCUCUUCCUCCAACUACAACCGAAUUAAUUUACCUUGGAACAUUUUGUGGUGGUAAACACUUCAGUAUGUUCUAAUGUUGUUUACGGACGAUUCGACUGUCGAUAAUUCAUCAGUGGCUGCCACGUACAAACCCCCAGCGGCGGUUUUCACUGAUUCAUCCACGAAAUUAUCCGGUUAACGGGGGAAUAUUCGAGGUUCAACGGAAUCAAUUUCAUGUUUCAUGUGUUUAAAUAAUAUUUGGUUACUGAGGGGAGGGAAAAUACUUCCGUGUUGUGAGACAAGAUUGAAAUCAUUUAAGAGUUUCCAAACACUUUCUUUUCAUUUAUUCAUUUGGAAUGAAUAAAAACGCCAAUGAAAUUAAAAUAAAGUUUAUUUCAUUCACCGAUAUAUAUUUUUUUUUUCAUAUUUUUCCCCUCAGUAAAUCAGAAAUAACAAUUAAAUUCAUUGCCAUUUUUUGGAAUAAAAAAUCUCAAUUGUAACCGGCCUUACCUAGUAAACAAAGCGGCAUAGACACUAUAAAACAAUUAUUCGAUAUUAUAAUCGCUCCCUCCCCCAAGUAAUGUAAAUAAUUGUAUAGAGAAUCAUUUGUAAGUGAUAAUUAAUAAUGAGAGAGACUGUUUGUAUAAUGAAUAUGAUGGGUAUAACAGGGAAGUAGAAUUUGAGGGUUUCGAACUGGUAUUGACCAAUUGUUUUAUCCACUGAAUUAAUCGCUGAACAAAUAAUUCAAUUGGAAAAUGAUACUGAAAGAAUUAUUAGUGGUCGUAUUAAUUGAAUAUUUCGUUAAAUAAAUGAAUAAUAAUUCCACUAUACUGCUGUGUUGUAAAUGCAGGUGAGUUUAUUCCUGCGAAUAAAAUGUUUUUGUAACAAAAUAAUUCAUAACUAUUGAAACAAUUUUAUUGCGAAUGACGAUAAUUGUUUCGACUGCAUGAAAUAAUCGGUCUGACAAUUAUUGAAUAGCUCCAUUGUCGAGCUUUAAUCAAUAAAUCGUUGUAAAUUCAUUUGUUCAAAUAAAUUUGUAAUGUGUAUAUAGUGAAUGUAUAUGGGUUUUAGAUGAACGUAUGUUGUAUCGAUAGUUGGAGGUGAAAAUGAUUAGGGGAUAUAUUUAUGAUUUGUUGAUAUAUUUUUAUAAACUUUUAUUUAGCCAAUAAGUUUACUUCUGCUUCCUCUAUCAGAAUCUGUUGUUCGGGCGAUUUUACUCUUGAAAAAAAUUUCUUCAAGAAACUGUUGAAACGUGAUAAUAUAGGCUGUUGGAAAUUUAUGUCUGGAAUUUGGUGACAAUUUUCAUAACGGAUGUUCUAAAAUACAAGUCAAGUUUUCUUCCAGAAUAUUCCGUAAUUUCUCCCGAAAAUCUGAAAAUCAUCAUUUUCAACUUUAAUCCCAAAUUCAAGUGAAAAAUUUUCAACGGUACAUUUACCUUCAUCAUUUCUUUAUUAUAGUUCAUUUCCUCGACCCUUAUGUACAAAAUAUGAAAAAAAAUAUAUGCUCCCCUACAGUUAUAUAAAAUCCCCAGUAAAUUGUUACGAGAAUUCGUUGAUAAUAAGAAUAAACAAUAAACAGAGAGUAAGAUAAUAUCAUUUUCAUUGUACUUUAAGAAACCGAAAAUUCAGUAUAAAAAUUAAAGGCAUGGAUUCGUGGGGAAUAGAAAAUAGAGUGGAAUGUCAAUUUUUAUGGGAUGAAGGAGAAAUGGCCUGAAAUGAAAGUUUGAUUGUCCUUGGAAUGAUCAAUUUUCCUAUUUAAAUAUAUAACAAUGGCGAAAAAUUAAAAAAAAGAUAUUGCAGCAAGAAGUUGAUGGAAAUAUUUUCACGCGUGAGUGCAGUCCGACCAUCGAGUUGACUAUUUAAGAAGCAAAAUCUAACAGAAAAAGCACAAAAAGAAACGUUGGUAAAAAAUUAACCAAAUGUCAAAUACAUGUGCUGAAAAAAAAAAUGAAAACAUGAGCAACGAGAUUCCAGUGAGAUGAUAUUGCCGCACAAACACUGGUAGUUUACUUUUUCAAUCCAGUUGAAAAGCUCGAUACGCGAGUCAAUUUCAGUAAUGAAACGUAUCGCCAUACAGAAAACGGAAGGGGUUUUCAUUUCCUUGAGAGACUUCUCAGAAAAAUAGGUGACACACUCAAACGAGAGGGAUUACAGGGAUUGUGCAGUGGUGAACACACUUUAUCGGCUGUGUACUCCACCAAGAAAUUCAAUUUUAAAAAUUCAUUAUUAUUGAAAUAAAGCGGUGAAACAUAAGAAAUAAAAUUCCAUUUUUUAAUCAUUCAUUUACACUGUGAAAACUAGUGAGAACGAGUUUAUUUAAGAUAUUAGGCACAAAAAUGUGUUUUAUAGGAUAACUUCGUGGUGACUGAAAUUUCAAAUGUCGUCAAAUUUCACGGCUCCACUAUUCUCGGAAAUGAGCAGGAAAAAAACUAAACCUAUAAAGAUCUCCCAUUAACAAUAUAUGUAAAUAAAUUAAUUCAAAUAAGUAAUUUAUCAGACGUGUACAGACCACUAGAAAAAGCGCCUAUAAAUUUAUGAAGAGUCAACCGAAAGUAAAAGAUUCACCUACAAACAAUAAAAUGCGAUAUAACGAAAAUGUGUCAAAUUGAGCACAAAAUAGUCAUUAAUUGACUGUACUAAUUCACUAGUUAAUAACAGAGAACUGCCGACUUGGUGUGUAUAAAUAAAUGAAUAAAAAAAAUUGGUGUAUGAAAAAAUGAUGAAAAGAGCUAGUAUUAUAUACUCGAAAAACAAAAAAAUGUCACUUGAUAGUGUUAAAAGGCUAUUGAAGUAAAACUGUAUACGUCCAAAGGUGAAA